ACAGCUGACCCGGAAGCGAAUCGUAAUGUGCGAGAAAGAAUACUUCGUCUUUGUUCGCUCUGAGGAUGGAAAAGACACUCUCAGUCUGCGCUUAAACCUUCGCGGAAGAGAGUGUCGCUUCUUGCGAGCCAAGAACGAACCCGUGGGGCGAGCUCUGAAGAGAAUCGCGACCAACCUUGCGAGAAAUGGCGAGACCAAAAGAAAGAAAAAGGGGAAGGGUGGUGAUGGCGUCGACGACACGUUACCAGCCGAGGUUGUGUUGUAUGCAGGCAUUACAGAGGUGUCCUCUGAGACGGAAAACCAAGACGCCUGGGUCGGUGGUAACACACUUAGAGUGGACGACAGGCGCUUCGUUGUAACAGUGAACACACCUGCAGUGAAGUUCCUCAAGCUCCCCUGCUGUCUGUUGGCAACUUGUCCCGCCGUCCCCCUGGUGGAAUUAGAGUUUGCUGAUGUGGAGCACUGUCGGUGGGCAUGGAGACGGUAUGAUCCAGCCAAUCCUCUCCCUCCCACUGUUUUCCCCGAGUCUGCAGCCACUGACAAAGACAGACCGGUGGUUGACCCAAAGCCCCGGCUACCCAUCUCCGACCCUAUCAUCAGUACGUCGUUCAUAUACUGGACGGCAGAGGAAGACGAAGGGUACAAACUAGUGCUGGAGUGCACACCUUGCAAUGAGAGUGGAGAGGAAGGAGAGCCGGUAAAGGUGGUCUCCAAGAACAUCGUGUCGAGGUUCUGGAACAUUCCAAUGAUGGAGCGUCACCUCAUGACACCGAACCAUCUCGCAGAGCCUACCCAGUUCAGAGUCGUUUCGUACAACAUUCUUGCCGAUGUCUACGCCACUUCCGAGCGCGCCAGGAGCGCCCUCUACCCGUACUGCGACCCCUCGGCCCUCGACCAGGACUACAGACGGUGUCUAAUUGCCAGGGAGCUACUCGGUUACCACGGAGACAUUGUAUGUCUCCAGGAGGUCGGUGCCAAGUGCUUCUCACAGUUUCUGUGUCCGGCACUACACCAGUGGGGGUACCAGGCCUGCUUCCACCCCAAGGCAGGCAAGACUCCCGAGGGCGAAGCCACUUUCUUCAACUCCUCCAAGUUUUCCCUGAUCCAAGAAGAUGCCGUGGUUCUUAGAGAGUUUGUUAAUCAGUCUCCCAACUGCAGGGACAUCCUCUCUCUGCAUCCGCUCAUCCUCGCCGAUUUGCUCGAGAGACAUAACAUUCUGCAGACUGUUUUGCUCCGGUCGACCGAGAUCACGAACUCUUACAUUUUAGCCGCCAACACCCACCUCUACUUCCACCCAAUGGGAGACCACAUACGUCUGCUGCAAGUGGCCAUCAGCCUCAAGAUCCUUGGGAGUAAACUACGAGAAUAUCAACACAAACUUGGCACAGACGCUCGUUUUGCUGUCGUCUUCUGCGGAGAUUUCAACAGCUGUCCGUGCACCGCUGCCUACAGCUAUUUG